CCUGCGCGAGACUUCUCCAUUAGCCGAGCUCCGUAGCCCAGUUUUUCCCUCCAGAAGGCGGCAGCUGGUGGCGGGCCAAGGGAAUAAACUCGUAUCCCGGUUUCUCUACUGAGCCAUCCGCGACUCGUUCACAACGUGAAGAGUCAGCAACUUCCCAGCACCCACUCAGCAAUAAUCGAGGGAGCGCGCCACAACGCGCAGGCGCUUGCUAGCUAAGUCGCUCCUUCCAUGGGUGAAAGACAUGGACUACGAGUUCAAAUCCAAGCUGGCGGCCGAGCGCGAGCGGGUGGAGGAUCUAUUCGAGUACGAGGGCUGCAAAGUCGGGCGAGGCACCUACGGGCACGUCUACAAAGCGCGGCGCAAGGACGGAAAAGACGAAAAGGAAUAUGCACUGAAACAGAUUGAAGGCACAGGAAUAUCCAUGUCGGCAUGUAGAGAAAUAGCACUUUUGAGAGAACUGAAGCACCCUAAUGUGAUUGCAUUACAGAAGGUUUUCCUUUCUCAUAGUGAUAGAAAGGUGUGGCUGCUGUUUGAUUAUGCUGAACAUGAUUUGUGGCAUAUUAUCAAGUUUCACCGUGCCUCAAAAGCAAACAAAAAACCCAUGCAACUGCCAAGAUCUAUGGUCAAAUCACUACUUUAUCAGAUUCUUGAUGGAAUCCAUUAUCUCCAUGCAAACUGGGUGCUUCACAGAGA